GGCGUCUACGUCAGCAAGGGGGAGGAGUUUGUGUCGGCGUCUGGCAACCCUGGACGAGCCAGCCGGUGGACGCUGCUUUCCUUCUCACUCAGCUGAACGUCCGCAGUAGGUAGCCGGCUAGCAUCAUGUCCAAAGUCGCGGAUACUAAGCUGUACGACAUCCUCGGAGUCUCACCGUCGGCCAGUGAAAAUGAGCUUAAGAAGGCUUAUCGCAAGUUGGCCAAAGAGUACCAUCCUGACAAGAACCCCGAUGCUGGAGACAAGUUUAAAGAGAUCAGUUUUGCAUACGAAGUACUGACAAACCCAGAGAAGAAGGAGUUGUACGAUCGCUAUGGAGAACAGGGGCUGCGUGAGGGUGGAGGAGGCGGCCCCGGUAUGGACGACAUCUUCUCUCACAUCUUCGGUGGAGGCCUUUUUGGGUUCAUGGGGGGCCAGGGCAGAGGUCGUAAUGGAGGACGAAGGAAAGGUGAAGACAUGGUGCACCCUCUAAAAGUUUCUCUUGAAGACCUCUAUAAUGGUAAAACUACCAAACUGCAGUUAAGCAAGAAUGUGCUGUGUAGUGCCUGCAACGGUCAGGGGGGGAAGGCGGGUGCAGUGCAAAAGUGUGUGGCAUGCAGAGGCAUCGGUAUGAGGGUCGUGAUCAGACAGCUGGCCCCUGGUAUGGUCCAACAGAUGCAGUCAGUCUGUGCAGACUGCAAAGGAGAGGGUGAGGUCAUCAAUGAGAAGGACCGCUGUAAAAAGUGUGAAGGUCAAAAGGUCUGUAAGGAAACCAAGCUGCUGGAGGUGCACGUGGACAAAGGCAUGAAACAUGGACAGAAGAUCCCGUUCUCUGGGGAAGCUGACCAAGCACCGGGCGUAGAACCAGGAGACAUCGUCCUGGUCCUGCAAGAAAAAGAACACAAGGAAUUCAGCCGGGAAGGCAGUGACCUUCACAUGGUGCAACGCAUCGGCCUGGUUGAGGCUCUCUGUGGCUUCCAGAUGACUGUCACACAUCUGGAUGAGCGUCAGCUGCUUGUCAAAUACCCACCUGGCAAAGUCAUACAACCUGGUGCUAUUCGGGUGGUGAAGGGCGAGGGGAUGCCACAGUACAGAAACCCGUUUGAGAAGGGCGAUCUUUACAUCAAGUUUGACGUGCAGUUCCCUGACAACAACUGGAUCAGCCCUGAAAAACUGAACGAGCUGGAGUGUCUGCUGCCAAGCCGUGCGGACGAACCCGUCAUCUCCGCUGACGCGGAGGAAGUCGACUUGACGGAUUUCGACAGGAGUCAAGGGAUGGCCGGGGGCUCCAGGAGAGAGGCCUACCACGAUAGUUCUGAUGAGGAGGGCGGCCAUCAUGGCCCCGGGGUGCAGUGUGCACACCAGUAGGAGGACUUUGUAGCGUGCACAUCCCUCGAGUCCCACUGCUAACACCAUUCAAGACUUGACACACAAACAUGCACAUGUGGAAGAGAUACACAACACAUUUACAUAAACACGCACUCUGGUGCCCAUUAGACAUGCUGGAUGACUUCUCUUUAUGGACAGUGACGUCUCAGGCCAGAACACCACCUGGUUAGUGUAAGUAAAAAGGUGGUGUGUACUCUCCAACACACACACACACGCAUGCUGCUUACUGGCUGACAACCUUUCACACCUACAACGGCGUCCAGACGCUAAAAGACGCCACACGGAAUAACGUCGGCCUGAAGAUUCCACAGACAUUUGCCUCAUCCUUCAACCAUGUUUUCAAAACCUGCUGUCACAUUGCUAGAAGAUGUCCUGAGUUGUAGUUCUUCCUCGGCCCCGGUCUUGCUUGGACUUUAGUUUUUAUGUUCCAAGUGUGUUUCCAGACCACUCAAACUAUUAUGUGAACGCUUUCUUCUUUCUGAUGUGUGUCAUGUGGCGGCUCAGCCUGUUGGAGCCGCUUAGGAAUGUUCUGGCUUACUAGGAAGAUUGCUGUUGCCGCCUGGUGUUAAAGCUGCCGUGCGAGUGGACGCUGUCAAACUAUUGACUGUUUGCCAAAAAGUCUCAGCCCCUCACGACCACACUCACUCGUCACAAGCGUAAAAAGAGCCAACAUAUCAUCCUAGUUGUUAGACGAGCUUAUGUUGUUGACAAUAUAUGAACCUUUGCCACA